CACCACAACACCACACUCACUCUCUUCACAUCUUCGCUUCCUACCUCACUAUCUCCUUUCACUUUUCACCCCUUAUACAAUCUCAUCAUGUCAUCUACCUCUCCUUCCCGUGCCCCCGACAAGAACGAAGGGGUCCAUCAAGCAAACGCCAGCGAUCCUACCUCUAUCGGUUCUGCCCCACCCGCUGUAGCUCCGACGGGUUCAAGUGCGCAUACCGACGGGCGCCGACCUGAAAUCACUCGUUGCUCUAACUCUGCCAAGCAUCCUCGAUGGAAGUGUAAUGUGUGCAACUACCACUUCAACCCGAAUCAGCAGGAAGCACAUCUUGCCAGCAACGCGCAUUUGAGCAGGGUAGCAGAGAACGACAGAAGGAUAGAAGCAACUCAGAGAAGGCUGGAAGAGGCUAGGAAACGACAGCAGCAGGGACGAGAGGACGCCCAGGUGGCUGCACCGUCGACCGGCAGGAGGAGGAACGACAAGGGUAAGAGGUUCAAACUCAGCGGAGCGAAUACAAUGCAUGCACAGGAGGACAAGACCGGGACGACUACCGACCUCACGAUGCCUGGGGAACUGCAGGCAGAAAGAGAGCGGUCCGGUAGCAGCAAUUGGCUUUCUCAGCCACUGCGUUCCAAUGAGUCUCCUUCAGAAUACGAGCCGUCUGGCAGACAUAGGAGAAAGAGGCCGAGCAAGAGGAAGCAGAAGGUGUCUUCGCAACCCCAACAACCGCCUACAGUACCCGGGCAGUCAACAAACAUCGGGGAGCUUUCCAUAGCAGAGGAGCCGCAACCGGCCACUGAACAACCCCCCAAUGCCGUACCCCUCGUUAGUACACGCCCCGUCUUCAGCGAGAAGCAACCCCCUAGAGAGGCGAAACCGAAAAAUUUCGAGAGUCCACACAACAGACCAGCGAUGGAGAAAAAGGUGAAGAAGGAGAAUCCCAAUUUGGACCUACCUCCAGCAGCCCAACAUUCUGCCAAAAUCGAGGAUCCUACCAAGAACGUCAUCGAGAAGAUUCAGAAACUUCUUGAGGCUCGGGAAUCCAAAGAGAUUUCUGAGAAGAUUCCUGAGAUUUCGUCACACAAGGACCUCCUUCCAGAACUCAAGAAGACCGAUGAGCUCUCAGGCAUAGAUAAACCGCAGCAGGAAGGGAGCAUUCCUUCUGUUGAGAAGGACACUAAGCGUCGAGAUGUCGCCCAAAGCCACACAGUCUAUGGAUGUGCGCCAGCCAUUCAACCAGAUGACGAGUACCAUGAGGACCGACCAGAGAAGACCACAGCAGGAACAACUCACGUCAGCGAGAAGGAGGAUCGAGGGGUGGGUCUCAAGGAUCGAGAGGUGGGUCUCAAGGAUCGAGAGGUGGGUCUCAAGGAUCGAGAGGUGGGUCUCAAGGAUCGAAAGGUCAGCCUCGCGGAAAACGGGGACGACACCAGCAAACACGAGAUCAACCCCGUGGGCCGACAGGCAGACCCCACGAAUCGAGGGAAGGGCAACCGCUAUCCGAACGUCUACACGACACCAAGAAUACGAAGAAGAAAGAUGAGCAACCGAGCAGUGGUAAAUCAACUGAACCAGAACACUGGUGGUGCGAACCGUGCAAUCGCACCAUGUUUCUACGCGGCAAGUGGUCAUGUCAACAAGCCUUCUCGAGAAGGUUUCUAUUGCGAUGUCUGCAAGUACAUCUUUGACCACAAGGAUAUCCAUCUGGCUUCCAUAAUGCACACUCAGAAGGUCGCUAGACAGAACAGUGACACAAAUGGAGGGCAGAAUGAUUUAAAAUCAACGAAUCGGUCACAUGGACAUACUAGAAGUCAGACUCAUACCUACGGUGGGUAUUACUCCCAGCAGCCAUCGGUGCACGAGUAUCACGGUUUCCCAUCGCUGCCACCGACUCCCACGCUUCUCCGGCGGGAGGUGCCCCUGAGACAGCAGGAGGAUCAAUAUCGCACUGAAAACUAUCCUAUCGGUCUUCAUUAUGACUUACCCAUUAUUACAGCAGCCCUGGUCCCCGAAGCCGGCCCAGUUUUCUCCGAGUGGUGGUCCCGCACCAACUCCGGGUACGCGUGCAGAACACCUAAAAACAACUCCAUCACCUACGGACAAAAGUCCUGUUUCCAACGCCAAUGGUACCCAUCUACCGAACAAUGGCAGUCCCAGUUUAUCCAGCCACGCAGUUACACGGCAAAUCUUCCCUACCCCGCGUCCAACUACACUCCCGCGAUGCCCCAGAGGUGGAGCUGCGACAUCUGCCAGGUUUCGGUUGAUGCGCAAAACAGGGAGGCCCAUCUCGGGAGCGGAUUUCACCGGUCCAGAGCUGCGCAUCGCAACAAGGUCAUCGAAGUCAUGCAACGCCCCAAGCCGAUCCAGAAGCUGUGGACGUGCAAGAUCUGCAAGGCCGUAGUGGCGGAGACGGAGAUGGCUAACCAUCUGCUCGGUGAACAGCAUUCAAAGGUCAUCAUUGCAAAUCUGGAGGCUGCCAGGUCGUGGAAAGUCCCCGGAGCAGUACUCGAGCCGACUCAGAUCGUGGCGCCGACACCAGAGCCCGUCCCGGCAGCGAAGGAGUACGUGGCCCUAGAGAUCAAGAACGGAGACGGUAAGGAAGCAGGCGGAGGUGAGAAGAGCGCAUAUGGCUCCGAGGACGAUGAGUUCUAUGGGCUAGUACCUUAG